AGCAAACAAAUAAAACAAGUUUUGAUUUUAUGCAUAUAUAUUACUUGUAAUAAGGCAUGGUCCCGUUAAUGGAGUACUAUUUGUCAAUUUCAACAAAUAACAGUAAACACAUGUCUACCAAACAAGAAAAUACCAACGUAAUGUUAUUUGUUUUGUUGUCUUGUCAAAUAUCAAUAUGUCAUGGCUUAAUCACUGCCAAACAAUUUAAGAAACCAUAGUAUCUACACGUUAUUUUAGAAUAAAAAAAUUGUCACGCAAAACCCGUGGGUUGGUGGUGAGUACUGAACUCUUUUCUCUUUGUUACCAAAUAUCAGAUACAAUACAAUACAUUGACAUUCGACACUAAUAACAAACAUCACGAACUCGAAAACCUUUGACUAAAUCGUCACACAAAACAAAGUUUAGCGCAAUAAUGCAUAAGUCUACUAUCUGAGCCUACUUCGUGCGUCGGUAACUAACGGCGCCAUCUGAUGUUGAUGGGAAAUUUUUCCAAAGAACUCAUUUCCACCGGGCUCAAAUAAAUACACGGUACAACACAUAACCAUAAGCAUCCAUGCAAAUACACAUACACGUAAACCGUUUAGCAAAAAGAAAACAUGAAUAUUUUAAGUGAAUUAAAUAUUUGACCAAAAUGUGAUAAAUUUAAUCAAAAAUAGUUUUCCUUAAAAUUUUAAUAUUCCGUAUAUUUUUUGGUCAGUUAUUGUUUUUAACCGAAAAGAGGAUAUGCAAGAGAACAUCAAUGUUUUACAAAACCUUACAAUAGAUGCUAGUAGAGCCCACGACACUUGAACCAAUCUAGUUGAAAUGAGAAAAGGCUACAUAGCCCAUUCAUAGAUAAGUAGAAAAGGCUCACAAAGCUCUCAUAGAAGGCUGGAUUAGAUCCGACUCUCGAGCUCAUUAGAGCUAUCAACUCGAACACAUUUUCUAUGGAGCUAUAUGGAGUUCUCAAGGACAUCGAGUUUCUAUCUGCAUCCUUUGUUUUCAUCUAUUUCUCGCACGUUCCGAGAUUAUGUAACUCUCGAGCUGAUUCGUUGGCGAAGAAUGCUCUGUUAUGUGAUCACACUAUCUUGUACUGAACCUUUUAUUUAAUAUAAUUAGCUGUUGUUCAAAAAAAAAAAGAAUGCAAUUUUCAACUUUUAGCAACUUUAAUUUCUGAAGGAUACUAAUGAGGAAAAAGUUGUUUCAAAUUUAGUGAAGCCUUAAAUGAAAACAAAUUUGUUAAUAUAAAAUCUGUAUAAAUAAAAUUUUUGGAUUAAAUAGAGAGAAAACGUAUUAAUUUUAGCACCAUAGUUGGAAAAGAAUCUCUAUCCACCUCUGACCUCUUAACUGUAAGAACACAUGCAAGUCUUAUAGGAUGGAAUUAGAAAGCAUAUUAAUUAAAAUCUGGACCUACUACUAACUAAAAAAGAUUAAAUAGGAUUUCUAAUUCGGCAAAUGCACUAAAUGAGAAAAAUACAUUAACAUACAUGAAAAUGUAUACAAGACAGUAGUCUCCAUCUUCGCUUUUUCCGUCUUUGAUUUGAUGCUCUUCUUGAGAGAGGUGUGAUAAUAAAAACAGAGUACAACAAAUAUAAUCAGUAAAAAUUGUUGGCGGAAAAUGACGUCAUCGCUGCUUUUAUUGAUGCUCGUAACGGCGGUGUUUGUAUUGACAACUAUGCUUAAUGAUCUUCCGACUUGUCCCCUCCGCCACAGGUAUGGAACAGAGCUAAAGAUGAGCAACGAUGAUUGUAACGAAUCUUCUUCUUGUCCAAGCCAGUUCAAGAGUUUGUAUAUAGGAAAUCUUGAUCCACGAGUCUCUGAGGGAAUAUUGAUUCAGAUGUUAUCGGGUUUCGGAAAGAUUACAAGAUCGAUUCUAGCAAAGGAUUACAGAGGAGAGUCGCGAGGAUUUGCUUUCGUUGAGUUUGAAAGCACGCAUAGCGCUGAACAAGCUGUUGAACAUAUGAACGGAAGGUUAAUAGGUCAGAAGAUUAUAUACGUCGAGAGGACACCAAAGGUCGACGAAGGUCAAGACAAGACAUAUAAUAAUCUUACAUAGGUUUUUUUUUUUUUUUUUUGAACACAAAAUAAUCUUACAUAGGUUAUUUGCAUAAUUUAUAUGUUAUAUAGGAUAGGUUGAUCCGUUCUUAUAAUUACAAAAAUGCAUUAGCAUAAAGGAAAAAAUUUCCAGUAAAAACCCUUGAAAAUAAUAAACUUAGUAUGUUAUAUAU